AUGGCAACCUCCACCACCUCACAUCGCCCCAUCAAGGGAAUACUCAAAAACAAAAGUUCAACAUCUUCAGUGGAGGAUUCCACCCAGCCAUCCGGAAGACCUGGCACCCAGGAGUUGCAGCGUAAGAAAUCACAGAAGUGGGACGAAUCCAACAUACUAGCAACUCAUUAUCCAUCCUACAAAGACUAUGACUUAAUGAAGAUGAACGAGCCCGGCAAUCCCUAUGCCAGUGUGCCACACGAUGGAGAAGACACCAUGAGUGAGGUUCAAGGAAAGGAAGCUGUAACCCCUGACACCUUAGCGGAGAAACUCGCAGCCAUUGACACCUUUGGAGGCAGCUAUCAGGGUGAGGAGCAAGAAAGCAGCGGUGCACAUACCAGCAAAUUCUUCCUGGACAAGCAAGAAAGGCAAAGACAAUUUGAACUGAAAAGAAAGCUACAUUACAACGAAGGACUGAACAUCAAAUUGGCCAGACAACUGAUUUCGGAGGAGCUACAGUCUGAAGUAGAGGAAGAUGAAAACCAACCACGUCUUCAUUCAGAUUUUUGA